CAGCCAGAGCAGUGCGAACGGGUGCUCGAGUCGGAGACAACCCUUGGCGCGGGGUACAGGUGCGGCGGUGGUGACAGACACACAAACAGACAGCCAGGCAGGCAGAUUUUCAGCCGACACAGGGCUCAGUGCGUUUGAGCAGCAGUGAGUGCGGCGCCGCAGCGGACGCCUAGGCCGCGUCCGGGCCUGUCCAGGGCUGCGGCCGGCCGACGCCUCGGACCCACAGCCGCAGCAGGGCCGCUGCGCCAGAGAGAUGAAAAUGACCUGGCGAGUGGAAUUAUGAAGCAGCAGCCGCGCACGGGCUACCUGGACAAGGGCUGAGAGUCGCCUGGCGGCGGCCCCGCGAAGGGCUGCAUCAUGUCCGAGGGCGACGCAGAGAGCAAGGAGGUGGUGCCGGCGGAGGGCCUGCAGUCCGCCGCCCCCACCGCCGCCAACACCAUCAAAUGGGAGCUGGCCAAGGGCGACGACUUCGACGGCGGCGUCGGCGGCGUCAAGGAGGUGCGUUACGCGCCCUUUACGUCGUCGCCACCCGCGACGGCUAUGCAGCGCGCACACUCGCGCUCCAUGUCGUCGCUGCCGCCAGAGCCGUUUAUGAUCAUGCGAAGUCGCGCCCUUAACCGGCGUGUCAUCAUCAACGUUGGUGGAGUCAAGCACGAGGUUCUGUGGCGGACGCUUGAGCGUCUUCCUCACACGCGGCUGGGCCGCUUACGCGACUGCACGACGCACGAGGCCAUCACAGAAAUCUGCGACGACUACUCGCUAGUGGACAACGAGUACUUCUUCGACCGACACCCAAAGUCUUUCUCAUCCAUCCUCAACUUCUACCGUACUGGCAAGCUGCACUUGGUCGACGAGAUGUGCGUGCUGGCGUUUAGUGACGACCUCGAGUACUGGGGCGUCGACGAGCUGUACCUCGAGUCGUGCUGCCAGCAUAAGUACCACCAACGCAAAGAGCACGUGCACGAGGAGAUGCGCAAGGAGGCCGAGUCGCUGCGACAACGCGACGAGGAAGACUUCGGCGACGGCAAGUGCGCCCAGUACCAGAAGUUCCUCUGGGACCUGUUAGAAAAGCCAAACACCUCACUCGCCGCCAGGGUGAUCGCCAUUAUCUCCAUAUUAUUCAUAGUUCUGUCGACUAUCGCACUGACUCUGAACACAAUUCCGAGUUUCCAAGUGAAAGACGACCACGGCAUAUUGACUGACAAUCCUCAGCUGGCGAUGGUCGAGGCCGUGUGCAUAACGUGGUUCACACUCGAGUAUCUGCUGCGGUUCAGCGCGUCGCCCAAUAAGUGGAAGUUUUUCAAGGGCGGUCUCAAUGUGAUCGAUUUGCUAGCCAUCAUGCCCUACUACGUGUCCCUCUUCCUAGUCGAGACGAAUAAGAACGCGAACGAUCAGUUCCAAGACGUGCGGCGCGUCGUGCAGAUCUUCCGAAUCAUGCGAAUCUUGCGUAUUUUGAAACUAGCGCGUCACAGCACGGGCCUCCAGAGUCUCGGCUUCACGCUGCGAAACUCGUACAAAGAGCUGGGACUGCUGAUGCUGUUCCUAGCCAUGGGCGUGCUCAUCUUCUCCAGUCUCGCGUACUUCGCCGAGAAGGAGGAGCCCGGCACUAAAUUUAUCAGUAUCCCGGAGACUUUCUGGUGGGCCGGGAUCACAAUGACAACCGUCGGUUACGGUGAUAUUUGUCCCACGACCCCACUUGGCAAGGUAAUAGGAAGUGUCUGUUGCAUUUGUGGUGUCCUGGUGAUUGCUCUGCCGAUUCCUAUUAUUGUCAACAACUUUGCCGAGUUCUAUAAAAACCAAAUGAGAAGGGAAAAGGCACUGAAGCGCCGCGAGGCCCUCGAGCGCGCCAAGCGCGAGGGAUCUAUCGUCUCGUUCCACCACAUCAACCUGCGCGACGCCUUCGCCAAGAGCAUGGACCUCAUUGACGUGAUCGUCGACACAGGCACGCAGCAACAGAUGCAGCAGCAGCUGAAGCAGCAGCAGCACCAACAGCAGCGGCACAAGAAGUCCAAGUCGGAGCAGUCGGCGCCGCUCGCGCUCGACGAAGACGACGAUGACGACUGCAGCGAGUACAGUUACGCGGCACCGCCCAAGCCGAGCGACGGCUGCAGCACGCACCACGAGCACCACCUCGACCGCACCAAGCACUUGCUGAUGCCGCUCACUGUUUCCCAGGGAGCGACGGGCGUGGCUGGUGGGCCGCCCGCGUCCACGAUUCUGCACCAGGCGCACAACGCCGAUGGACUCCACGGCUCUCCUCUCCACCUGCUGGACAUUCCAACGCCGCAGGUGGCGCCGCCGUCGUCGCAACAACAGCAGCAGGCGACCAACAGCACGGCGCAGCAGGUGCCCAUCGUGGCGGUGAACAGCGCCGACGGCGACGCCACGGUGCUCACGCCCGUUUGCCAGAGCGAGGACGACUCUAAAACAAAAGACAAGAAAGUCGACAAGGUGGAUGAACUGCCCAGAGAAGGAAGAGAGAAGGGAGCAUAUACCUUUAAGGGAAAACAAAUUGUCUUACUAAAUAAUUCAACCGACAUGACGGAGGACGCCAAAAACCAGGACUACAAAGAAUUCAUUGACGCCGAAAACCUGAUGCCUUUUGGAACGAGCGACCUGCGCAGCGGCGUGUGCCUCGAGAUGAAGCGGAUGCGCGGUGCGGCGGCCCUGCUGCCGGCCACGCCGGCGCGGGGGGCCAUCUACGGGAUGCACGGCGGCCAGCAGCUGCUCGACAUGGCGGGCAGCGUGGACAGCUCGGACACAUACGCCAGCUGCAGCACGCACCCGUUCGCCUCGCAGGCCGACAUCUCGGACCUGCUGGCCGGGCCCGGGUCGGCCCGGCCCCCGCGGGGGCCGGUCAAGAGCGCGUCGGGCGACGUGCUGCGCGCCCUCUCGCCCGACGACGAUGAGGACCUCGACGAGCUCGAGCUGGCCAACGAUUUGCGGCCCUCCAGGGGGAGCAGGGGCAGCCUCAACAACUCGGGCAACCUACCCAAGCAUCGGAAAACGCGCUUCCAGCAGGGGUCGAAGGGCCUCUCCAAGGGUGGUUACACCGGCAACAACAACUCGACUGACGACCCCCUGGGACUGAGUCGUGGCCGUUCGAUCACGACGUCGCCGCUCACUGCCAGAAGGCCCACCUUCAUGCCGUCCCGCAGCCUGGCCUCGGCCACUAGGAUCAUUAAUCAGCACCUUUUCGGCUCCAUGGGUCGCAGCAAUAGCCGCGGCUCACUGUCCGCCGAGUCCAUCGAAAGUCCAUCCGCGGAGCAACGAAAGAAGAGUAUCCUGAAGAAGUGUGACAGCAACAAGGGUGGGGCCUCCGGGGGUUUGUUCGAGCCCGAGUGCGAGCAGCUCAUCUCGAUCGGCGCCGGCGACCCGCUGCUCGGCGGCGACGUCAACGACAUCAGCACCAGCUCGCCGAUGAUCCUGCGUGCGUCGUCCAAGUCGUCGAGGGGCUCGGCGCCGAUCAAGUUCGGCGUCACCGUGGUGCACGAGCCGCCAGACUUCGGCCCAGCCGGCCUGAGCAAAUUCUCAGCGCGGCGGCGGCCGCCACCGCUGCGCUCGCCUGUCGUGGACGAACCCCCGGAGCAGGGGGUUGCCAGCUGCCGGCACCACUUGCUCGGUGAAUCGGGGGUGGCCACGUGCGGUUGCAGCCUUGACCGGCAGGAGGACAACACGUCACCCACCGAGGAGACCAGGCUGCUCCUGCACCACCAGCAGCACCACCUUCAGCAGCAACAGCCGCGGCGCCGUCCUGGCGCCGGCAAUGGCGCCGUUGACUCGUCCAACAACCCUUCGGCGGCCUCGUAGCGCCCACCCCCUCCAAUAAACUUGUGGUCCUCGUUCCACGCGCCACUCCGCAUGCAAAUUAUUGCCACACAAACACACCCUAUGGCGCCGAACCUGCUCCUCCACUCCCCUCCGUCCGUUCGCCUUUGUUGGUUCGUGUUAUGAGAAAAAAUAAUUGUUUUGCGCUGGUUCAAAUUCUCAAACCGCAACUGCCCUAAAACCGUGUUAAAUGAAACCACAACCAAAUUUGGGUUGGAAAUUUAAAAUGAUAUUGCAAAUUUUUGUCUAAGCAACUGAUUUUCAUUUAGGCAUUAAAUAAGCACAAAAAUAAUCCAUUUUAAGACUUUCAAGACACUCUUUGACCAUCUAUGUUGUCCUUGAACUCGCCCCAAUUAUCUCAAAUUCACAAAAAUCCAAAUUUCUAGAUGAUUUUUGAAUACUUUUUUUAGUUCGUUUUGGCCCCUGAACGGCUUAAAUGGUUUGAUACCUAAACAACUUUGUCGUUUCACAUAAAAUUAAAUAUUAUUAAUAAUAAAUUUUCGGCCGUCUCUGAAUAAUUUUCCUAUCGCGAAUUUCCUUGAUUGCUUAUGAAGUCAUUUUAUUGAAAACAAAUUUUUGUCAAGUUUAACUGAUUAAUUUUAUGUUUAAUUGAAAAGACAACUUUAACGAAUGUUCUUGUCAAGCUGCAUAGUUUAAGGGAGCAAAAUAUUUCACGGAUAGUAAGAUUCCCAAAAUUUGACACCUUUCUUUUUUAAUAUAAAAACGGGAAAUUACUUGAGAUUUUUGUUCUGGAGGCGUUUGGUGAAAUAAUUUUGAAACUGCAAAUCCACAAACCACGCAAAGCAUUUCUCAUUUCCGUAUUUGAAAUUCAACUCGAGGCCAGAGAGGGAGUGAAGCGAAUACAAGGGAUCGUCGCCAUACUAUCUGUGAUUUUAAUACUGCUGGACUAUUAUUAUACUUGUACUAAAUAUUCUUAAAACUGCGAGGGAAAACAAACAAAUCGACUCAUUCAACGUGUAUAAAAUCGUGAAUUUUUUAAAAACUACCACUCUAACGUACUCUUUAAUUAAAACGACUAAAGAAUCAAGAAAGAGGCAUCUAACUUGAUUUUAAAAGGAUAAUCUCCAACUAUUUAAAUCAAUAAUAAAAUCAGAGAAACAAGAGAUAUUCACAAGGAACGCGCGAGUAUUAGAAGAAAUGCAAAGGGAAUCGUAUUCGAACGCGACGUAAAGCUCAAAUAAACCCGCAGAAACGUGCAAUUCAAACGGUGUUGAGGUUUGUCACACGACAUUACUAGAGCUCUGUACUAUAUAUUUUAAAACCCAUCUGGAUGUGUAAAGUAGUUUGGUAGAUCCAAAACUCUUCUCUCCAUGUAUCUGUUGCAAGCGCGUAGAGACGAAAAAAUCGUAUGUAGCGAGUGUGAUCUUGUUUGCUCCCCGUCGUCGAAAAGAAGCAAUUUCCGCAAUUAGCUAACCACGUUUAUAGGGUGCAAAAAUUAUAUUAAUUGAUUCGGUGUUGUUAAACCGCGUAGAGUUGAAUUGAAACACACAACGAUGAAUUGUAUAUUCUCUGAUAAAAGAGCUAGGUGUUGCGAAAUUGGCCUAUUUUCCCCCGCGCGAGAAUUUGCCGACAAACGCACACUUUCGAUGUUUCUGUGUGUAACCAUAUAUUUUUUACUCGUUUAUAUUAAUUAAUUUUUUGAUAUUUUUCUUUGACGCUUGUUUAUUUCAUCUCGAGGUGGAAUCGUCGCAGCUCAUAUUGAGAGUGAUUUUUUUGGAUUUUUAUACAUUAAUUUGGUUUGAACCUCCGUUGAAUUAUGCGAAAUGUUCGGCAAACUUCUCCUCCUUAUUUUUCUAAUAAGCAAUUACGAUUAUUACACCCUCCCCGCCCGCGAAAAACGUCGUCCGUGUUGCCGAAGUUAACUGCUAAAAACAGAUUUAACAAAAGUUCGCCUUUGACAUACCUGGUGUAUUGCAUGCGAAUGAAAAUGCUGAAAAGGGUGUCGAUCGUCCUAGGAAAACUCUCUAGUGUGUGUGUUGAAAAAGUGCAAAAAUUGGAUGUGAUUAUCGUUUUUAAUCAACUGUUGAUUGCUCUCACACUAUAUGGAAAAUGAAUCAUUAAAGCGGGAAAAGUAAACCAUGCAAAACGAAAAUAUAUUCACACGCCCUUCCACUAUAAUUCUAAAAAAGAGGAACGAUUUAAAUAUUGCAUCAAAUUAACUAAGGGAAACCCUCAGACAUUUGCUCUAUCCUUCUUCAAACUUGACCUUGUUCAAUGUUGUUAUGAACAAACCACAUUCGUGCAGGUGUGUUAUCACCUUUGAAAGUCAUUUUUCUGGAUUUUUUUCCAACCCCCAGAAAAACCCUUCUGUCGUUGAGUAAAUCGAUUUCGCGAGGGAGCUCCGCUGAGGGUUUGGUUUCUAGUUUUAUUAUAACAUUUAUUUAUAACUCUGCGCUAGAGAAUGAUUUCUCUACAUACAUUUUUACUAUAUCUGCACUUUGCUCAUGGAUUUUAAUUUUAAUCAACUAACAAAGGAAACAAAGCAAAGAAUACUCUUCUAAAAUGCACUUCGUAAUGUAAUUAUCCAUAAAAGGAAAAACGCGCAUGAAAUUUUGUGAUUUUUAAUUAAAUAAUAGCAAGAAUAACGGAACGAGGUGGUGAGAUGCCAUGGAAAACAUUCCAAACUAUAAUGUUAAAGCAACAUUAUAUCAGCAAAGAAAACAAAACUAUAGGAAAAUCUAAAUUGAUGUAAAAUGUGAAUAAAUUUUUAUUUGCUUUUACUUUAGACAACUGAUCAGAAACAAACGUUUAGAUUUUCCUGCAUGAGUGAUUGGUAUUGAAGUUUUGAUUACAUGGUUUUACUACUUGGGAGAGUAACAAAAGACGAGCCUCAAGAGCCUUUGUUGAGAUGCAUCAAAUAAUAUAUGUACAUCCGUUUUUAUUAAUUUCACGAUCCACCCUCCUUUGGUUCCAAAAAUUAUGCCCCUGUUAGACUUAAGAAAACACUUGAGAUAUAUAUUAUAGUUGUUCAUAUUGAUUGAUAAUUCAUUGUGAAAUGAAAUAUAAACUUGGCUUUUGCAUUAAAACGUUUAAAAUUAAA